GUGAUGCAAGGAUUUUCUAGGAAAGCCCUACCAGCUGUCAAAUAGGGAUUUGGAUUGUGAACAGAAAUUCCAGAAACCAGGGCACUAUGGCAUCUCAAACUCAAACUGACAGCUGCAUCCAGUUCACUCGACAUGCAAACGAUGUUCUCCUGAACCUCAAUCGUCUUCGAAGCAGAGAUAUCCUGACUGACGUCAUCAUCGUUGUUAACAGAGAGCAUUUUCGAGCUCACAAAACAGUCCUCAUGGCCUGCAGUGGCCUGUUCUACGCAAUCUUCACUGACCCGAUGAAGUGUAAUUUGAACAUCAUUAAUCUGGACCCAGACAUCAGUGCAGAGGGCUUCAGAGUUCUUCUUGAUUUCAUGUAUACAUCUCGACUUAACUUGAGGGAUAGCAGUAUUAUGGCUGUUAUGAGUACUGCACUGUACCUGCAGAUGGAGCAUGUUGUGGACACCUGCCAGAGGUUUCUCAAAUCAAGUGAGGAUAUUGUUGCCAUGAAGCCACCAAGAGAUGAAUUUUUACCUGGGAGAGCAAUGUUACCACAAGAUGUUAUGUCCUACAGAAACUGUGAGAUGUCUGAAAAUACCAUACCUCUUCGCAGUGGAACCAUGUGUGAUGGGAGGUCCUACCUUUCCAGCCUUUACAGUAGUUCCACAUCCUCCUAUCCCCUUUAUGGGCAUAUGCCUGUACCUGGGUUCCUAUUUCCAGAGGAUGAAGUUAAAGAUAUGCAGAUGUCCCAGAUGCAGAAAGCAAGCAGAAAUCAAAAGGAUAAUGUGUUACCUGGAGAAAACUCAAGGACUGUGCUAGGCGAUUACAGAAAAGCCAUGUCAGAUAUGUCUUUCAACAUGUGUCACACCAACAUUUAUUCCCAAAAGGAUGUUUCAAUGGAAGAGCCCAGAAGUGAAACACACUACAACAUGGUUAUAGGCUCAAGGUCUGCUGUUCCCUCAUUCCGAAGUAGUGCUUUUUUCACAUGUGAGAAAACUGCAAAAGAAGAGGAGAGAACAUCCUCAGAGGAUGAAAUAAGCCAGCACUUUAAACCGACCAACUCUCCUGCCAAUCGAAAGGGUCUUGUUAGUCCACAGAGUCCACAGAAAUCAGACUGUCAACCCAACUCUCCCACGGAGUCCAGCAGCAGUAAAAAUGCUAGAAUAUCCCAAGGAUCUAGUUCUCCAGUAUCUAAGAACUCUACAGACCCAAAAGCCUGUAACUGGAAAAAAUACAAGUUGCUUAGUUCUCUAAACCAGAGGGAUAAAGAGAGUUGCACCAAGCAAAGUGACAUUGAUAAUCUUUCACCGACUUCUUAUACUUCUCUAUCGUCAUACCAACAUCCAGUGAAGUCCGAAAGUGUGGAUGAUCAGGCCUCUGCUAAGAUGAAUGGAAGCACAGAAGAUGCUUUGAUACCCCAAGCUAGCAAACUGAACAACCUUGUCAACAGGUCCCUAGAAGGAUCCCCACAAAGCAGCGAGGGCCAUUCGCCUCUCUAUGUUCAUGCAUCCAAGUUCAACUUGUUUUCCUCACAGUCCCCUCCUGAACUGUGCCCUCACACCCCUGGCUCCAACUUUGGAGAAGAAAUUACUGAGACACAGUCAGAAUAUUCUGACUCCAGCUGCGAAAAUGGUACUUUCUUUUGCAAUGAAUGUGACUCUCGCUUCUCUGAGGAAGGUUCCCUAAAAAGACACAUGCUGCAAGUGCACAGUGACAAGCCGUAUAAGUGUGACCGAUGUCAGGCCUCCUUCCGAUACAAAGGGAACCUUGCCAGCCACAAAACUGUUCACACCGGAGAAAAACCAUACCGCUGCAGUAUCUGUGGGGCCCAGUUCAACCGACCUGCAAACCUGAAAACUCAUACACGGAUACACUCUGGGGAGAAGCCUUACAAAUGUGAGACCUGCGGGGCAAGGUUUGUGCAGGUUGCCCAUCUCCGUGCUCACGUUCUCAUUCACACGGGAGAGAAACCAUAUCCUUGUGAGAUAUGCGGCACAAGAUUCCGCCACUUGCAAACGUUAAAGAGUCACCUGCGGAUCCACACUGGAGAGAAACCCUACCAUUGUGAGAAAUGCAAUCUACAUUUCCGACACAAGAGCCAGCUAAGACUUCACUUGCGUCAGAAACACGGAGCUAUCACCAACACAAAAGUCCAGUACCGCGUAUCCUCAUCCGACUUACCUUCUGACAACCCAAAAUCUUGUUGAGUUCUCUCAUCCCUCCGAUCAAUCGUGGAGUGCCUCUAUUUUGAUCUUUGUGCAGAUGGGUUCAAACGAAACGGGUUUAACUAUUUUAUUAUUUUUGUCCUGGUCAUGUGAAAUGUGCGCUCUUCAAUGUAAAUACAUCAAUAUAAAUAUAUAUAUAUAUAUUUUUUAAUCUGUGUGGUGAAGUGACCAUACACUUUCAUUUGUUUCCACAUUGUAUGUCUCACUUAGACAAAGAAUCAGUGGUAACGAACAGGGUGUACUUUAAUGGAAGCCAGCAAUGUAUUGGCACUCCAAGGCAGGGUGGGAAAGAGCAUUCAAUAUAGCAACCGCAUUGUUAGUAAAACAGUAUAUUUAUCUAUAUAAAUCAUCUGACCGUUACUCUGAAGGCCGUUGAAAUUAACCCUUGUUGCUUUAUGGUAUAACUGAAAUUGCUCAGACUGACAUUUUUGCCCUGCAGAGUGCAGCUUUAUGCUUAAACUUAAACUGAAUUGCUUUAUUUGUGGUAGAUGACUGUGCUACUUUUGAGUGGCUUUAUUGGCUGCUUAACUCUCAUUACGAGAAAUGGUGUUUUGAAAUCAACUAUUAUUUGGUACUAAGUGGGUGGAAAAAAAGCAAACAAAAAAAAAAGCGCCAAAUACUACUGGAAAAUGACAGCAUUUCUAGGACUGGUUUUCAGCAGGGAUCCAUGUGACCAUAAUUAUGUGACCCCAACUUAAUAAUAAUUGUUGGUCUCUUGAGAGACCCAGGAAAACAAGCACUUAAGAUUGGCUCUUGUGAUCAUUCAGAAUGAACUCUGAUCCUCACAGGGUUAAAUGGCCUCUUGUAUUGGCAGCUGGGAAAGCCUGACGGUUUAGGUUGUCCUUUUAGAGGGUCGGCUUACUCUUGCUAUGGAUACCACAGCUGGUUAUAUGUAAGGAAUCUCUAGAUUAAGCACCUUUUUAACUUUACACAAGCACUAAAUUCUCUGAGAAGCGCAGCCAGGAAUCCAGUUUGUAUAUACAGGGAGACUGCAACGCUAGCUAGGUUGUAUGCAAAUCUUAAUGCACUUUGAAAAGAAAAUAUGAAAAGAAAAACUCAACAUUACCAGGUGCUAGAUCUAUUCUGUACUCUGGAGCAAGGGUGCUUUGAGAUUAUAUUCCUAUUUGUAUCUACUUCAGCCUUGUUUUGGACCAAAGAAUGGCUUCAAGACUCUCUGGCUGUUAUAGCAGACGUUGACUGUACUGCGAUGCCCUGCCUUAGUUCCUGUAUGUAGGUAAGCAAUAAGGAACACUGGGGUCACCUGCUCAGUGGUAGCUUUGUGAUGUAUAUCCCACUGACCUGGCUCCAGCUGUGACUUAUGGUCGUGGCUGCGAAUGAAUACCAGCACUAUCCGGCACCUAAAUUCAAUAUUUUUCUAGACGCUGGCUUUUCUGCAUCCCCCUGAGAAAUAGAAAAAAAGAGUAUUUAAUUUUUAUGGUAUAGAAAAAUAUAUGCACUCAGUUUUACGGUAAACAGAACAAAGAAUUACUUAUGUAUGCUUUUUAAGAGAGAGGGCUUUAACUUUUGUUAUAGUUUUAACCAAAGGAAAAAGGAAUAUAUAUGGCAGAGUUGUAAAUAUCUAUAUAAAUAGAGAAAUAAAUAUGAAGAGUAAAAAAAAAAUGGAAAAAAAAAGCUAUAAAAUCUGAAAUACAGCAAACGUUUAGAUUGUAUCUGCGGGCGGAAACCAAUCUGAGAUUUGUUUUAUUGUGAUAGAGCACUUACAAGAUAUUUUAAAGUAUUGCGCCAGUGUACGUGAAAAAGAUAUUUUGUCUAAACGCAACAGUCUAUUUGUAUGUUUUUGGUUUUGUUUUGUGCUUUUUUUUUUUUCUCUUGGAAGUGAAGGUUUACAGAAUGUUUAAAACUCAGACACCCUGUCGAAGGAACAUGUGAUUUAAUGUUUAAAUUGUACGUUUUGUAAAUAUGUAUAUUUCUGUCUUUGGUGCCUUUUUAACCUGACUGGUGCCAGGGGGGUAAACAACGUGGUAAGGUUGGCAGUCCCACUGGUAAAAAAAGUGGUUAAUGAAUGUGUGACCCUAGCUUCUUUUUAAAGGUACAGCCUAAAGCGAGUCACUAAUCUUUGGGAAGGUCAUUCAUUCCCCCCCCCCCCACCGUAUGUACAUGAUGCUUUGUCCUGCUUGUGUUAAUAAUAAACUGCCGGGAGACAGGGUUUGGGCUGUUUCUAAAACUGCAUUAUUGCAAUGUGUAAACUUUAGCUGUAAAAGUAGCAAAAUAAAACUCUUAACAGCAA